AUGGCACCAGCUCAGCGCAGUCAACCCAAGCACACCACAACGCGGCCAGACAAUGUUCGCCCACCGAUCUCCGCGACAAAGAUUACCAAGUCAACCCCGACGUCCAGACACAGAUUAAAUACUCGCUCUCUGAAGAAUGACGCCAAAACCAAAUCUAAACGUCGCCCUCAUCGCCCCUUCAAGAUGCCAGGCCAACCCAGCUCCUCCCAAUCGCAAUCAGCGCAACCUUCCUCCUUCUCCUCGACCCCCGCUUCGACCCCUCCGCCACGUCGCUUGUGUAUGCUCGAAACAUUACCCGUUGAAGUGAUUGAGAAGAUAUUCCUUUACGCAUUGAAUCCGGAUCUCCCUCGCGCGUCGCUACCUAUAGCUGCAGCCGUGUCAAGUGAGCGAAUCUAUCGCAUCUUCAUUCUGCUUGCUUUCUGGGAAGACAACGCCGACCAUCGGCAGGAUCCAGUUGGAGCCGGUAUCAAAAGGAUUCUCACGCCCGUGGACUAUGAUCAUGUUGGAAGGUUGUCGUGGGAGAUGCGCUCGAAGCUCCAAGCGCAGAUCUUCGCUUGCAAAUGGUGUACGAUGGAUCGAAUACUCAAGCAAGUGCCUACAAUGAUGGUUCUUAACAUUCACCGCAAUUGGCUCGAUGCGGGAAUCAAAAUGGAGCCUGAUGACCGGGUGGCUUUGGAACGCUUCAUGAGGCGUGAGGAUGAUUCGACGCUCUCUUUUCAUGGGACGGGCCCUAUCCUCUUUCAUUUCGCUAAGUUGACGGGUCUUCCGCGAUCGGAGAUUAAGAGGCUUGAUCCACGGCCUUUUCAUACGUAUGAGAUGCGUUUGACUCCUAUGGCUAUGGUGGAGAUCGCGUCCGAAACGACUAGGAUAAUGAAUACGUUCCCUGUUCUUAGCUUGUGCGCCGUCCCAGAUAAAUUACUUCGCGGACGGAGAACAGGCUUUACAGCUGAGGAUGUUGAGUUCCUUGAAAUGCUAAGGAUCACUUCGAGUAACUACAUGCAUCUUGAUGCUAGGAUGCCUCCUUGCUCUGACACUGUCAUCAACCGUGUUAUUUUACAUGAAGGCGUCAAGAACGCGAUCAAUACUCAGAACUUCAAUGCCCUCAUUUCGCUUCUCAAGUUUGAUGAGUUCGUCUUUCGCUUCCGUGAAGCUAAUCAAGGCCUUCCUGUCUUUUAUACCAUACCCUCUGAACAUUUUCUUCUGGUUACUCGUGUCGGCCGGCAAAAUCCUUCUCUCAAUCAUGCGUUCUUUGAGGCUUUGCUUCGGACGAGCGCUGAGUCGCUGCCGGCUAGUUCGUCGGAGAUUAUACAGUGGGCUGUUGAUAAUGUUAACCUUGCACAACGGGAUAAGAAUCCCUAUGCCCAGAUUAAUGGGCGUUUUGCGAGGUGGUUGUCGGAUUUUAUGGUGAGGCUUCCGGAUCAGGUGGAUUUUACUAAACAUGAUCCAAAGCUGCAGCUUUUUACUUGUGGAAGUUUGAAUCUUAAUGAUGUUGAGGGGUGUCGUGUCUAUGAUGAAGUUCUUGCGCCUGAGAAGAGAGAGCCUUUUGGGAAUUGGAUGGCUGAGUCGGUUUUCUUUAGGAAGAAUGUUUGGGUUGAGCGGACUGGUCCUGCUUCUUUGUCUGACUAG